AUGGCUGCACUGAGGCUGCUGCUGGUGGCCGCACUGCUGUGGGUCCCUGCAGGGACCCUGACCUGCAUCGGGGACUCGGGCCGGCCAGUGGACUGGUUUGUCAUCUACAAGCUCCCUGUCAACUGUCAGAACGGCCCUGGGGAGCCCGGUGCACCUGUGUACUGCAUGGAUGAUUCUGAAGUGCCCGACGGUCUUUGGUACAAGUACUUGGAUGCCAACACAGGCAGCUGGCAGGAUGGCGUGGGCCCCAUUGACAGCACACAGGGGGCCCUGGGCCUCAGCCUGAGACCAUUCUAUGAAAAAAAUGCCAACCAGCUGCCCGCCCAGGGGUUCCUGCUGCAGGCCCUGAUCCCUACCUCUGCUUUAGGGCUGAUGCUCCUGGACCAAGUUGAAGGUUUCUGGCUGAUUCACAGUGUGCCCAGGUUCCCUCAACCUGCCCGAACUCACACAUACCGCUGGCCCGACACUGCGACCCGAAACGGGCAGACGCUGCUGUGCGUGUCCUUUCCCCUGGCCCAGUUCCAAAACAUCGGCAAACAGCUCGCCUACACCUACCCCCUGGUGUAUGACUUCCAGUUGAAGGGGGACUUCAGAAACAAGCUGCCUGAGCUGGAGGAUGUGAUUCGAGGACAUCAUGUGUCCCAGCCCCCGUGGAACAGGAGUGUGACCCUCACAUCCAGGGCAGGUGCCAUCUUCUGGAGUUUCGCCAAGUAUACAGAUUUCAGAGUUGAUCUGUAUUCGGGUUGGCUGGCAGCAGCUCUCAGUAGCGAACUAUGGGUGCAGUUCUGGCGCAGAAAGGCCAUACCUUCUCACUGCUCCAGCCCUUAUCAGGUGUACGAUGUCACCCAGAUCAGCUUUCCUGGUGGACCAACCUACAACUCCACUAAAGACCACUCCAAGUGGUGUGUUGCCCAGGACAAGCUUUGGACCUGUGUGGCUGAUCUGAAUAGGAACUCUGGGGGGUACCUCCGAAGUGGGGGUGUGCUGUGCGCUCAGAUGCCCAACCUCUGGAAUGCCUUCAAGGCUCUGGUGGCCAGGUACCAACCCUGCCCACACGAGACUGUUUCUCCAGACCUCCUGGAGAAUCUAAACACUGGGCUCUGA